ACCGAAUGACUGGGACGAGUUUUCUCAACGCCAAGGCAUCGUUCACAAAACCCACGACAAUUUAGUCAUCCACUGGACGAUUCGUCAGCACAAAAUUAUCCCAAAAGUCGUACCGGAUUGUGAACAACAGAACCUCAUUGUGAACAACCCGGUUUAUUUAAUUUUUACGGGGUAAAAUUAUCGGUGAAGGUGUGUAGUGAUUCUGUGUCUCUGUGUUUGUGUCGGAAGUGCUGACCACAGAGGGAAAACAACAAACAAUAACGGUUUUGGUGAGGAGCCCAAAAGACCAAUAAUUGAAGCAGAAAAAAUUGUGGAAAUAGAAGCAUUGAAUAUCUGGAAGGUUGAGGAUCUCUAAAAGCUGUUCACAGACGUAAACAACAUUUAAGGAGUUCCAAGGCAUCAGGUAGUGCUGAUAAACGAAGGAAAAUUGCAGAAACUGUUGUUGAGUGAGUGGGUUUCUCGUGUUUCUAAGGGAUAAAAGAUAUAAACAAAUUUAAUUAUUGAACAUUUGGAACUCCGGCGUCUCUGGAAAUUGUUUAAUAGCAUAAAAAAUCAAAAAUAUCAGUUGGAGUUGAUCGACAGUGUGAAAUUGCUGCAAGAACCAAUAAAAUUCGGAUUUCUGUGAUUGUAAACCAAAAAAAAAUUUAAUAUCGAAUGUGUGCAGAAGCAAAGACCUCCAAGAGUCUCUCAACAUUGUAAACAAUAGUAUAAAUAGUGCAAAACAUCAACAAUAAUUAUAGUAAUAUCGAGAGACUUAUGGUGUUGAAUUUUCAAAUUUUUAAGACGAAAAAAAAUAAAUAAACAAUAAAAUAAAAUCAUUAUAAAUUACUGCAAAUGAUAAAUACUCACGUGUUGAAAUAUCAAAUGAUAUUUCUGGAGUGGAAAUAAGAAAUUAUUGGUCAUAAACAGGGAGAAACCAUCGAAGAAGUAAUUUCACCGUCUGACGAAAUUCUUCAGGUUGAGCCAGUGUUUUUGUGUGUUCGGGACAUUCCGUGGGAGCCGACGGUCUCUGGGAAAGCCGUUAAAAAAUCCCAAUAGCCCUAUCUCACUUCAGUCGACUCCUCUCUGUUGACGAGGCGCGUGUGGAGGCCUUUAACUCCCAUUCAUUGACGCACGGAUAACCACGCGUCAUAAUAAACAUAUUUCAAGGGACUUUGUUGUUUUCACAGAAGCAACGAGCCAUAAACACAGCAACGAGUACAGCUAACAAUUUCAUCGAGACUCAUUCAUUUUUUCAUUAAGAAAACACAAAGUCAUUAUAAACAGGGAAAUUUAUUUUUCUCUCUUCGUUGUUUUUUUCCCCCUUAUCACGCGGGAGACUGAUUCAUCGGUGUUUGUGAUUACGUAGUUGAGCAUCACGUGUACCAAAUAUUUAUGGACAAUUGUGUGAAGCAGGACUUCAACAGUAGUAAGUGGCUUUGAAAGGAAUUCAACUUAAGAAGACUGCAUUUAUUGAAGUCUUUAUAAUUUUCGGGCGUUCAGUAAAAAUCAAUUUAAAAAGUGGAAUUGACAAAAUAUCAAGGAAACAAAAGUUUAUAAAUUAAAAGUUCAUUCCAAAAGUUAUCUAACGACUGGUAAACGUGACAAUUAAAAGAAGUAACAAUUUUAAAGUCAAGAGAGAAUAUCCCAAAACUCUUAUAAAAAAAAAUAAAACGGUUUUUUUCCGAUUUGUCCAUUAGUUUAAAAAUAUAAACCAAAAUGCCGAGUGCUCAGGAGCCGACAUACCUCUUCAAAGUUAUUCCCGAGCCGCCGCAGGACUUCCUGACCCAUGACGUAGACCUCCUGGUGUCAAAAAUAAAAGAGAACCUUCGACUCUCAUCCCUCAAAGCAAGAUCUUCGGCGAACCAGCGAUGCAGAACAACCCCCUACCUGGUGCCCUCGAGGACGAAGAUGAGGAGGCUGGAGGGAGAGUGCAGGUUACAAAAGAGUAAGGACAAAAAUGAAGAUGCACCCUACGAGAAGCUGAGGGAGCUGCUGGAGCAGGGGAGGCUCAUCAAUGAGGCAGUGAAAAAAUUACAAACAACUAAUAUUCAGGCGCUGGAUGACUCUGAGGGUGAGGAGGAGCACAUGCAGGGCAUACAGAGGGUGUACAGGAGGAAAGACUACUAUUACGACUCUGAGGACGAACCACUACCUGAGUUUUACGAUCCUGAGUUGCUGUGAAUCGUGGGUCUGUGCAUUUUUUGUUGUGCGAGACAAAUAAAUCUAGGGAUGGUAUUGAUAGUUGGGGAGGCAGGAACAUUUUUUUUAAUUGUGAGAGAUGGAAAGGGUGAGGAGGACAUUGUAUACGAAUUGGAGAGAAGAGAAAGGAGAGGAGAUUUUUUUGGGUUUUUCAUGUUGAUUUGAAAAGGGAUGAAUUUUUCGUUGGGAGAAUCUCAGGAUUGGCUGAGUCGAAUUAUUUUUUUUUUCUUUAGUUUUCAAAAUUUUCUGUAAUGGCCUUUUUCGUAAAGAUUCUGAGAGACUCUGGGGGUAUUCCCAAGCGAGGUUCAAGUAUCCUUGAGACGAAGUAGAUAAUUAUGUUCGUAGUUAUGAUUAUCUUUAAUUUAAUUCUAAUUUAGGGAGAUUUUGAGGGGAUAAAAUGGGUAAAACCCAUUAGGGUAUGGGUAUGGGUUUUACCCAUAGGGUAAAAUGAGAGGAGCUGAAAAAGUGAGUUUAGCUUUUCGUGGAUAUCUCGGCGUCUGUGGGAGAUAGGGGUGUCUUAAUCAAAACUCUUUUUUCUGAGGAAGAUUGGGGCUACAAAAACGAUAGUAUGAAAAUUUUUGUGUCACCACCGGGUUCCGAAAUAUUCAAGAAAAGUGAAUGGGAGAUGGGAAACAGAUCUCAGUAAAUUGUCAAUCUCAAUCGUAGUAAUCGAAGGAUGCAUGUAAAUUAUGGAAAUUCAUUCUCAUUUUUUUAUACGAGUUCAAUGUAAGGGGAAAAACUGAGUCAUUUUUUCUCCAUUUUUGAGAAUAAUUCAAUUACCUUUGAGUAUUCAGAACGAAUCGAGCAGUUAAAUAGGAGGAUUAUUGUAGGGGAAUUAUUAUUGAAACACUCGAAUUCAUGGGGAUGCAGAUGUGUGAAGGAGACUGGAAGGUUUUAUGGAGUAGAUUUACACAUUUCAGUGGGGGAGCGGUUACAGAAAAUGAGUCUAAACUAUGUUUUCAGUUUAUUCACUGUUUUCUUCGAAAUUUUUCACAGUCCAGGGGUGAUUGAUACUUCAAGGGAAUUAAAAUACCAAAAUGAAGAACAUUUUUGGUUAUUGACGUAGAAAUUAGCUAGGUAAUGAAUGACCACUUAUUCCUAAAGUAAUUUCCACUUAAGAAAAGUGAAAAUAGCAAAAAUUUCUUUAUCAAAUUCAUGGUUAUUUAGGACGAUAAACGAAUUCAGAGAACAAAUAUUUUUUAUUUUUUAUAGCGGAUGUGAUUUCGUACAAAAAAGUUCUUUUGUUUUCCAGAUCCACUUCUAAGAUAAUACACCCUUUAACAAAAUAAACAAACAAUGGGAACAGAAAUUAGUUGAAAAAAUAUCAAGGGACAACCUUUCGAAUAAAAUUCAGUGUUUCACCAAAAACUCACUAAAGCUCUAAUGUAAAUUCCAUUUGCGAAAAUAUUUAGAAGGAAAACUCUAAAACCGAAAUGAACGGUAAUGAAACUGAAUUCCUGGACUUUUGCCCUUUUACCACGCCCCCACAGGUAUAAACUGUGCCUGCUUUAUUGCACAGUUUAUAAGAACAAACAAAAUUUUUUUAUUUCUCUGGUCAUUAACAUUUGUGAGCUGUUAGUCAGGCGUUUUGAGGACACGUCUGUGGAUAAACAUCGAAUUAAUGAUUCACCGAUGAUGACUAUUUCCAAUGACGAUUGUAAUUAACAGUGGAGACACUUUUGUCUGAUUUUUUUUUCAAUUAGCUAAAUAUGAGGGAAAAUAAACCUUCAAAAAUCAUCAAUAUAGAACCAAUGGUGCAAUUCGGGCGAGUCAGGUCUUAUUUUGCAGCCCCAACAAAUAUUUUCAAAAUAAAAAAAAAAUCAACUUUACGCAGCCAAUCUCGAGUUAUUGAUGAUUAAUGACGAAUUAUUAUUUCCCAUUCGUCUUGGAACAACGUUCUGGUGCAUCAAUAAACGUUGACAAAUCAUUGGUAUUGCGUUUAAUUGUAGUAUAGGAGGUAUUUAAAUGCGUGUGCAUGAUGAAUCAUUUUUUUACAUUUUUUUGUUCAUUUCAUAUUGAAUUAGGGAGAGUUGAAGUGGUAAAACGUAAGAAAAGGAAAAAAUUCUACACAACUUUGUGCUUAAAGAUGAAUUUGUCUCGUCCACGACGUUGUGUGCGCUGGAUUGUGAAGAAUAAUAAGGAGAACGUUUUUUUAUGGAGAAUUUCAUGAGCUGGAAAAAAGAUGAUUUGCUUUAAAUAUACUUAACGAGAUAAUCGCGAGAAUAUGGAUGACAAUUUUUUUACACUUCACCACUUCAAUUCUUGAAUCACGAUUGCCUGUAUUUUUGUUAAGAUCCGAGUGAAUAAACUUUUUUUUUAGUUUAACGUUGUAAGGUAAAGUGUUAAGGAAACUACAAAAUUAUAUCUCGUUGUGAUCGCCGGUUAUUUUCGGCAAACCUUGUAAUUAUAGAAUUAAAGAUAAAUGAAAUAUUUAAAGUUCAAAUUGAA